GACCACCCGCGACCACCGCACGAGACAAAUGACCAGGGCAGAGUUACAAUGUCGCAGAUUGCGUCUCAUAUCUGUCCGGUUUGAAGCGGAUUUAUAACCCGGCGAUCGGUGAUUUCGCGGCUCAUACGAAGGAAGAACCUCCGAUGCGGAUCAUUCAAGCACUUUUACGCGCGAUGCUGGACACGAGUUGGGAUGAUGUCGAAAUGACGCACCUUGGGUUAUUUUAACAGAUUGUGAAGUUUUAGUUGUUUUGCUUUAUUUCUGGACUGCUUCUUGGCAAGCGCCUUGCAUGCACAGCCUAGCAAAACAAUAACAAGUGACUUCGCUUAACAGGAAGACCAUUUUAAUGCACAUGUACGCGAGGGAGAAUGCCACAAGACUUUUAAGUGCCUUGUUUAAACAUAUAAUUGGGCGUUGUUGUUCUUAAACUACUCUGAAUAUUUGCGCCAUCGGUUGAGAGAGAAGUUGCAUCCGUGGAGAGGAAACCAGAGAUAGUUUGUUCUUCUUUUCUUGUAGGAUAGCUGAGCCAAACUCGGUCUCCGUCAAUGACUCUCGACAACGUAAAACAUUCCGCGAUACUCAAGACUUUUUUUAAAAUGGAAGUCGAUAAUGAUUUGAAAGGAGCCUCUGAGUUCAUAAAAGAUCGUCUUUAUUUUGCCACCUUACGAAGCAAGCCGAAAAGCACUGCAAACACGCAUUACUUCAGCACGGAUGAGGAGUUUGUGUAUGAAAAUUUUUAUGCAGAUUUUGGGCCCCUCAACCUUGCUAUGCUGUACAGAUACUGCUGUAAACUCAACAAAAAGCUGAAGCUGGCAAGGUGUAGUUCUCUCAUGUGUUCAUGUUUUGGAAUAUUUAAGUCUUUUACACUGACCAGAAAGAGGAUUGUGCACUACACCAACUUUGACCAGCGCAAAAGGGCUAAUGCCGCUGUGCUCAUCGGUGCCUAUGCUGUAAUUUACCUAAAGAAAACACCAGAGGAAGCCUACAGAGCCCUUAUCUCUGGCUCCAAUGCCUCAUAUCUCCCCUUCAGGGAUGCUUCAUUUGGGAAUUGCACAUACAACCUGACGGUUCUCGAUUGUUUGCAAGGCAUUAGGAAGGCCCUUCAGCACGGAUUCUUGAACUUGGAGACGUUCGACGUUAAUGAGUAUGAGCAUUAUGAGCGUGUGGAGAACGGAGAUCUGAACUGGAUCGUCCCUGGCAAACUUCUUGCAUUCAGCGGGCCUCAUCCAAAAAGUAAAGUAGAGAACGGUUACCCUCUACAUGCACCUGAAGCCUACUUCCCAUAUUUCCGUAAGCACAACGUCACUACCAUAGUGCGCCUCAACAAGAAGAUCUAUGAUGCCAAGCGUUUCACUGAUGCUGCAUUUGACCAUUACGACCUGUUCUUUGUGGACGGCAGUACGCCCAGUGAUGUCAUCACCCGGCGCUUCUUGCACAUCUGCGAGAGCACAGAUGGGGCGCUGGCCAUACACUGCAAGGCGGGUUUAGGCCGGACGGGCACUCUGAUUGGCUGCUACCUGAUGAAGCACUACCGUUUCACGGCUGCUGAAGCCAUCGCCUGGAUCCGCAUCUGUAGACCCGGCUCCAUCAUCGGACCCCAGCAGCAUUACUUGGAAGAGAAGCAGGCGAGUCUCUGGGCUCAUGGAGAUGUGCACCGCGCCAAGCAGAAGCAGUACGAGGACCGUUCAGUGCCUCACCUUAUCUCCAGUAUGGACGACCUUUCCAUCAACACCACCUUCUACAAAUCCCACAGCAUGGAUCGCAUGGAGGAGAAUGAUUACGCAGAGAACGACCUCGGAAUGACUCAAGGAGACAAACUGCGUGCCUUAAAGGGUCUACGGCAGCCCAGGUCUGCGACCACCGGAGCCAUAAGACUUGAAGAAAUGAAAUUGCACACUAGAUCCACAUCACAACCUCUCAGCAGGAUAAGGCCAGCAGCCAAUUGCCAGGGCUCCAUCUCCCCCCUAAAAUCCUCUAAAGUCCCUUCCUCCUCUGUGUCCGCAUCUGCCAAGCGAAUUGGCCGUUCCUCCUCUUCAUCAACCAACCUCAAAAGCACCAGGUUAGCCAGCUCUCUGGGUAACUUGUAUGAACCCGAUGAAGAAGCCAAGAGCUCUAGGAAACAGCCCUCCCACUCCUCGUUCACUUCCUCAACUCCUUCCCACCCCAUUCGUACGGGCUACAGCAGCCCCCACAAUUACCACUACGAAGUCAACAACAACAAUCGGUAUAACACUUCAAAUGCACCGAGCACCAACGGAGUGAGCCCAAGCAGCGGCGCAAAAAGCCUGACAUACAACCUCAACAACACCACCCUGGGGGGACCUUCCACCAUUGGAAGGCUGGGGGCCGAGGAGCAGGGGCACUACAGAAGCUCUCCAGCAGGACUGAGCGGAGUCUCUGCACGCUACCUUAGCCGCUCCAUUCCCUCUCUUCAGUCUGAGUAUGUUCAGUACUAAAGCAGCCACUUUUCGUUAACCCCGUUCCGUACUGCUGGCCUGGUUCCGACCCACGUCGCCAGCACUGUGACCACCGCUUCUCCAACUUUUGUCACAGGCACUCCAAGGGAAACAAAUUCAUGAGGAAGUGCUUUUGAAGACUGAUCAUCUCCCAUGUGAUACGUUCUGCUUAUCGAGGUUGAACUGAUCUGGAAUCUGCUGUAUGCUGUUCAUUAACCGACAACAAAGAACUUGCUUUGGCCGUUUUUUUCAACACUGUUAAUUUUUUUUUUUUUUUUUGGAGGUACCUUUCAUAUUUGAAUUUACAUAGUUGUACUGAAAAAAAUAUUUUGAGGUAAAUAAUUUUAUACUAUUUUAUCUACAAUAACACAUGAUCUUAUGCUUGCCGACAAAUAUGUUUUGUUGAUAUAUUUGUGUAUUUUUGGACUAGAGUUUGUUCUGACGACAAUAUCAUGUUUUGUCUGCUGAGUGUACUUACCAAAUAACAUAUCAAGUGUGAGGGCUAUAUUUGAAAGGUGCAAAAUGGGUUGACAGCUAUGUGCUGUCUUGAAAGGGAUUUUCAGGGUGUUUUUAGGCACAUGAAAAAGAGAUGUGUGUAUUUUCUUCAGUCGGGUUCGGUGGGUCUAAUGUGGGCUUGUUUCUACGCAACAACAGAUGGCUAAUGAGACGCGGCCAUUUGCAAGCGCAAAUUUAUUUUUCUCGUUAUAUGAAGGGCUUUGUUUGUUCGGUAAGAGUAACUGGUUGGACCCCUGUUCUUUUCCCAGGUCUUUGUGACAUCAUAAUGAACAUGAUUAUCAAACUAAUUCAGCUGUCAGCUUGCUCCCUUUUCAAGAGCUUCAAGGGCUGUUGAGAACACAUAAGAUCCCGGCACUUCGUCUUUCACGAUUGUCAUUUUCAACAGCGCCCCAAAGCACAAAUGAAACACCUCAGAUUGUAUGCGCAAGUUGCACACUCUUUGGUUGCUGGUCUUAACAUGCCUAGGCCACGUCCACACCAAUCCAUUUUCAUCUGGAAAACAAUGAUGGUAGGAAACUUAAUCAAAGUAUGCGGUUAUGGAGAGUUUCAAAGCACUCCAUUUUCAGGUAGAGGAAAAUGCUUUUCUAGUGUACUGUAGAUAAAGAGGCGUAAACGUAGUGAGAUUUCUGCGUUUUCAAACAAAAACGUAUAAGUGUGGACGUGGCUAUAGGGCGAUUUAAUGUAUGUGAAAUUAAGUAGUAUGCAGGGAUAAUGGAUGCUUGUAUGUUCAACGGUAAAUGGCAGUAUAAAAGUAUAUGACAUGGCUUGUUUACAAGCUGCAUUUAUAUCUAGACUUUCAAUUAUGAUGGAAGCACACGUAAAAGCAACAACAUAUGUAAAACCCUUUAUGUUCUUAAUGCACAUAAAGAAUGCAUCAACUAUUUAGAAAAUGUUGAUCUAACAAGGGUUGGAUGGUAAAUGUCUAAUAAAAUUUGGAUAUUUGACCGUAAAAACAUCGGUUAGGAGGUUGUUUAUAAUCGGGCGAAAAUUGUUUAUCGUACAGUGUUCGAAUAGGUUCACUUGUAAGCCAAGACUGUUGGAAUAUUGAUGUAAAAAUAAUAGUUAGACCAAAAAAAAAAUUUGCAUUCUAUCAUUUACUCACCCUCGAGUGGAAUGACUAUUUAUGUAACAAGUCUAUUGAAUACAUCCGUUAGCGUUGCGCGAGAAACAGAUCUGCGAUGCUUUUCCAAUGUUCUAGAUUUGUAACGAGAAAUGAGAACCAAUGGCCUUCAAUGGCAUUGACAUCAAACCUUUUAAGAUGCGCCAUUUUGAAAAUGCGUGAGAUUUGAAAGCCGCGAGGUCUUUAGUGAAUCGUGACUUGCAUUUCAGCGUGUUCCUUGUAUAAAGCUGUUGGCUACAGAAGACUUUAGAUUAUAGUGCACAAUUCCCAGCCCCCAGUCACUUUCGUUGUAUGGAAAAAGCAGUGUGAACAUCUCUAUUUGUGUUCCAAUGAAGGAAAGAGUCAUACAGAUUGCCAUGAGGGUGAAUAAAUGACAGAAUUUUCAUCUUUGGGUGAACCAAAUCCUUUGUUUUACUUUGAACAUAUGCUUCAGGACACUUUCCGUGUUUUUGCAAUUUUGACUUGAUGAAUGAAUUCUUGACUGUUCUGUGUCCUCUUUCACCCUGUAGCACUCUGUACAUUCCAGAUGGUAAACUUAUUUGAUUGAAGUUUUCUACCUCUUUGAUAUAUAUGGUUGUAUCUGCUGUAAACUACUCCUUGCUUAUGAAAUUUAUAUAUUUUUGAAGCAGUGUGUCAAGAAAAUCUAACAAUGUUACUGUAGAGUACCGUUUUGUUUUUCACAAAUAUAGUGACAUAUAAAGUCAAAUACAAAGUUGAGGAUUGUACAUUAUUCUUUUACAUUGUAAUCAAGAUUUUAAAAACCAGAACAAAAUAAAAGACUAAUUUUCAACAGAAGCGUGCUUCAUGUGGAAACCAGUGUAAUCACUUUUGAUUCUCUUUGUGCAGUUGCCCAAUUAUUCUUAAGUUUGCACAGUACUUAUUUUGUCCUUCGGUGGCAAAAAUACUUAUUUUUUUACAGCUGCACAAAAGUAAAUUAAGUGCCAGCGAUAUUCUCUCCCUGACACGCAUCAAAGUUGGAACUGCAAAUCGCCACAUUUAUAGACUUGAGUUGUCUGUCCUUUAGAGAUUGUCUGGCAGCAGGCGUUCUGCCGUGGGCGUCAAUGACAGCUGUGAAAAUGGCUGCAAGUUGAAUGACUACACAACCAUAAAUUUGGCAAGUAUUUCGAAAUGUCAGUUUUAUUUAUGCAUGAGUUGAUUCUUUUGUUUCUUUUAGUGGUAACAUUUUACUGUAAGUUUGUAUGCGUUAACAUUCGUUAAUGCAAUACACUGAAAAUGUUUUUACUUUCUGUAUUGAAUGAGUUCGUUGAAGCUUGAACAUGAAAAUAUUAAAUAAAUUCUACAUUCAUUUGAUUCAUAGUUAUCUUUACAAUGUGCCAAUCAUGUAUCAAUCCUAAAGUAGAAAACCUUGUCAUAUUUUAUUUGACUAAUUUUGACUGGUAAAUAUAAUAACUACAUUUUACUUAAAGCCAUAGUUCACUCAAAAAUGAAAAUUCAGUCAUUGUUUACUCACCCGUGUUAUAACCCUAUAUGACUGACUUUCUUUUUCUUAACACAAAGGGAGAAACUGUCAAAUGUUGUGCGGUGAUGUUUUGAUGAGAGCAAAAGUUCAUGCAGCUACCUCGUGAACAUUGGGGAUUUUGGACCGUUUGCAAUGCCGAAAAUAGAAAACAAGUGAUCGGUAGAAUGUACCGUCGCUCAUCAUAGCUGCUUAGAACAAAAACUCUGAUUAUCAUUGGAAAUAUACCUUUUUAUCACCUGUCGUUUGCCAUCAGGUUAGGACACUGUGUGACUUUGGCUGCCUGUAGCCUUCUCUGUUUUUGUUUGAUUUCCGAAUACUCUUAAAAAAAAAAAAAAAUAAGGCUGGGCAUAGAAAUGCAUCAAUUCUUUGACUACAGGCUCUUCAGGCAUGUUUAGUAAGUUCUGUUCUCUGUUUUGUGUGCAGCUGUUGUGUCAGGUUAUUGCUAUCUCUGUGGCGGACCUGUUUUUAGAUAAACACAUUUUCACUUGAACGCCCCAUUGUCGCAAGGAGGCUGUGUGAAAUGUUGCUCUCAUGCCCUGUCAUGAACACACACAGGAGAUAAACAAGUUCAACGGUCAGUGAACAUUUUCACGAAAUAAUAUAUUAGAUUUCAGUUUGUUACUCACCAAACCUUAUCGUAUGCUUUCAUAACAAUCAUGAGUUUCAUGGAAUAAUUUAUUAGACUUCUGAAUUAUACUUUUGUGUUCUUUUGACGUUUGAAGAGUGUGACAUCACUGAGCACAAUUUCUCUGUUUAGAAAAAGAAAGUCAUAUAGGGUUUAUAACAACACAGGAGUGAGGAAACAAUUUCUUAAUUUUCAUUUUUGGCUGAACUUGUCCUUUAACUUUUCAGAGCUGAAAUAUUUCAUUUAUACCAUUUUUACUGUAUAUUUUGUGGUUACAUUUGGUAACUUGUUUUGUGAAGUCUCAAGUUCAUUUUCUACUCCAAAUUACCCGUUCGUGAUCCAAAAAUAAAUUCUGUUGAUUUUCACAGUCAUUGUGUUUUGUGCACCAAGUGUUGAUGUCUGCAUGCUCUGUACCAUUUCUAUCGCCAGUAAUGCAAUGUGAUGUUACCUGAAAGACUACAUAGCAGGCAUUAAGCUUCCCCG